GCACGCCGAGGACUUUCACGCGGACGGACUGGAAUGACAUAAUGGUAAACAGAGUAAGCAAAGACCCAGACAGCCUCAGUCGGCAUAUCUCAGAAACACCUGACAACGAAAGGAGUUGUUCCUUCGAGAUUUCAGUGUCCGGAUAGACAGAAACAAUUUAGCCAUCCUGAAAAUGGUUCUUUUCUUCCUUGCUCCGAAUGUCCAGAAGAUUCAGAUUUGUCCACGUAAAUGCUAGUUUUGCUCGGUGGUCAUGAUCGCAGAAAACUUGUGCCGGUCCUGGAAAACUGUACUGUGAUAAGCUUUGCCGCUCAGGGGAUCGCCCGUCCUGUCACAGCCAUGGAGGGUCUUGAGCAGCUUGACGUGGUGGGUGAUAUAAGCCCAGCUCUGGAGGCAACGGAGGACUUCAUCCACUGCAUGGAUCGGAUCCAGGGUCAAGGCCCAAGCCUCGCUCAAACAAGCAGCCGCCAGCCUGUGAGGCAGCCUAAGCAGCUGCAGGAAGUGUCGAGCGCGGCUCUGGGGAAGCUGAGCUCCAGCGGCGUGUGGAAUCUGCUGGCCGGAGAGCAGCCGGAGGUGGGGCCCCUCGGCCUGGCCUGGGCCGACAACUUCAGCGUGCUGGACCUGGGGAUGGGCUUGAGGCACGGCAAGAGAAGCCGAGCGCGCUCCACCAAUGACUUGGUGGCGCACAUCCAGGAGUGCGCCAACAACGCUGGAAACUCCUCGUCCAAGUCGGUGUUUAGGAAAGGGCACAAUCGGUCCAGGUCUGACGUCAACUACCGUCCGUCUGCGUACACGGAAACGGGCCUGCCCACCGUGGACUGCAACACGCUGAAGAACAUGAUCCUCAACCAGCAGCAGGACGGAGCCCAGAGGCUGGCCCAGAAACUGAUCCCAUAUCUGCACACCAGCAACCCACAGCGGCAUCUGUCUGUGUCAGCAGAGCAGCCACAGGGCUCUACGGUCCACCGAUAUGGGAACACAACACACUGA